AUGUUGUUUUCGUCUUCAUCUUCUUCACUUAAUUCCGAGGUUUCACAAGUGUUCUCGGAAAAUAUAUCUAGUAGAUCCACUACUCUGACUGAAAGUUCCACACAAAGCGAGAUAAGGCAGCAUUUUGGUAAUGAAGAUUUCAGUGGUGAACUACCAAAAAAAUUAAUUCAACUCAAGAAAUUAAAAAAUGGUGGCACUACAAUCAAGAAGGCUAAGGAAGACCUUGAGUAUUGCUAUGAUUCACUACGGCUGUACGAAAAUCCCUAUGUAACAUCAUCUGUAGAUAAAAAAUGUGGUUACAGCAUUGAAUUGUAUCUAGAUAACAAGUACAAAACACUAAUGUUCUCCGAUUUACAAUUGAAUGCUGACUAUCCGUUGUAUUACGAUUCCUCACUGGAUAAUAUAUCUACAAAUGUUGAAAGAGAAAGAGCCACUCCUCUACAAAUCAAAGGAAAGAUUAGGAUAAACAUUGAUAGAGAAGACCAGGCCCUCUUAAUCACUUCCCAUUCAAUUUCUUUAAAAUGUUUCACAAAGGAAUAUGCAUGCUUUGUAAAUUCAGAAACUAGCAAAAACUCCUAUAGUGACAAAAUUAUCAAAGAACUUAAUCACACAGAGUUUUUUGAGUCUUCCACCUACCCCAAACAGCAGUUGAGAGUCAUACACCACUCAUUAAAUGAUAAGAAAAUUCUAUUGACAAAGGGCACGUACGAUUACCCAUUCACUUUUACCCUUCAAGCAAAUACUUUCCCAGCAAGUUUCUCUUCCUUCUUUGGCAAGACCCAUUUUCGAAUAGAAAGCUUAACAACAAUAAUGAGAAUACCAAGUAAACCUAAAAACUUACUCAAAUUUUUGAAGAAUGAAAGUUUUACAGAUAAGAUCAUUUUAACAGAAGAAAUUAAAGUUAAAAGAGUCCUGCCUUCAACGAGUAUGCUUAAGUUUGAAACAUUUCAAUUAAGGUCAUACAAUACUGCAAGUGAGAUCGUAGUAUCGGUCAUUGGAAACUCCAAGUUGAUUGAAAUUGGUAUGCCUUUCCAAAUGAUAUUAUCAAUUACCAAAACAGAUUCUUCCAUUGAAUUACAGGAAGCUUCUUUGGCAGUUGCACAGAGAAUGGCAAUACCAAGUAUUGAUUUGAAGACCAAGAAAAUACUACGAGAGCCAUACAUUAAAAAGUCCGAGUAUUUACUAAGAACUGUAGAAAGCCAAAGUUUCGAUUCCGACAAGACCAUUUUCGGAUUUUGCUUUGAUGACGUUGUCAUCCCAACCUAUGCGGAUGGUCUACCGAGCUGGUUUAAAACAUUCUACUGUGAACCAAGUUCAUUUUAUCCCAAUCAUGCUGCCCUCAAAGUAACUCAUUUGCUUUUGUUCAGAAUAACCUAUAGCAGGAAUGAAUUGGUGGAAGGGCUUGAAAUGAAAAAAAAUUAUCGUAUUACGGUGAAUUUUCCAAUUUUAGUUGGCGAUAGUGAUAUUUCGACCAGCUCUUUGUUACCCAAAUAUGAAAAAUUUGAAAAUAUUAGUGAUCUACAAGAUGAACCCCCACUAUAUUCUAUGGUAGCAGGUGAGAAUAGCUUAUGA